AUGGAUCCUCGAAAAGGAAAAGGAAGGCUAAUGUGCAUUAAAGUUCGAAUGCUUGAUGAUAGUGUAGGAGUCUUUCAUCUCGGGCAUAAAGCACUUGGCCAAGCUCUUUUUGAUGAAGUUUGCAGACAUUUAAAUUUGUUGGAAUCUGAUUAUUUUGGACUUGAAUUUAUUUCUUUUGGAAAUAGGUGUUGGCUAGACAAAGAUAAAAGUAUCUUGCGUCAAAUCAUGGCUGCUCAAUCCGACGCUCGUUUCUUUUUUACUGUUAAAUUUUAUACUCCUAAUCCUGCGGAACUUGAAGAGGAAUAUACACGUUACUUGUUCGCCUUACAAUUACGUCGUGAUUUGGCUCGUGGCGAGUUGUUAUGUAAUGAGAGUACUGCAGCAUUGCUUGUUUCUUUUAUUAUUCAAUCAGAAUGUGGUGAUUACUCUCCAUUGGACUAUCCUGACUACAGAUAUGUUUCUUCUGGCAAUGUACAAUUUGUACCCAAUCAAAGCCCUGCAUUCCAGAAAGAAGUUAUGGAGCAACACAAAAAGCUUAUUGGUAUGAGUCCGGCUGAAGCUGAUUUUAAUUUGCUUGAAACUGCAAGACGUUGUGACUUUUAUGGAAUACGUCUUCACAAUGCAAGGGAUUUGGAAGGCGUUGAGGUGGCUCUUUCUGUUGCUCACAUGGGAAUAAAGAUGUUCCAUCAACUAAAUUGUAUGAUGACUUUUUCUUGGGCAAAAAUACGAAAAUUGUGUUUUAAACGGAAAAGGCUUAUGAUUAAAAUUCAUCCAGAUAGCGCUCAACAAUACAAAGAAACUGUAGAAUUUAUUUUUGAUAAUCGAGAUGAUUGCAAAAAUUUUUGGAAGAAAUGCGUUGAACAUCACAGUUUCUUCCGCUGCCCUGAACCUGUUGAAUCGCGAGAAUCUCGAAAGCUCUUCCACCGUGGCUCAAACUUUCAUUAUCAAGGCAGAACUCAGAAACAAUUAAUGGACUAUGUACGUGAACAUAGGAAGCGCCGAGAGCCUUUUAAACGACCUUUACAACGAAGUUUUAUUCAUCCAUUAAAUACAAAAGCACCAAUUUUCCCUCCAAUUUAUGGGAAUCAACAACAAUUUCAACAACCACAACCACAACAACAUUAUUUUAUCUCAAACAGAUUAUCAGAAAACAACAAAAAUAGACAGGCUGUGGAAAAUACACAAAAAUUAAUAAUGAAUAUUACAUCAAUGGCUAGUCAAAAUGGCGGAAAUCUUAUUGGAAAUUCUAUAAAUAAUACUAAACGUUCAUCUGGCGAAGAAAUAAUAACAAGAGAAAAUGGUGAAAGAAAAACAAGGCCAAAGGUAUUAAUUUUUUAA